AUGAAAUAAAUGAAAAAAGUUGAUUUAAUAAAAAACUCAAGCAAGAAUAAGAAAUUUUAAGACAUAUAUGAAUUUAAUAAGAAUGAUGUAUGUUAAUUUUAUAAAUUUAGAAACUUGGUUAAGGAUCUUAUGGGAUGGUUUAUCGAGCAAUUCAUCGAGCUACUGGGUUAGCAAGAGCAGUGAAAAUUAUCCAUAAAGCAAGUGUAAAAUAAAAAGAAAGACUUACAAAUGAGUUGAGAACUGUUGAAUUAUUAGUAAAUAUGAUGAUUUAGAUUUUUUAAGGAUCAUCCACAUGUGAUUAGAGUCUUUGAAACAUAUGAGGAUAAUGAAAAUAUAUAUGUUGUAAUGGAGUAUAAAAAUAAAAAUUAAAUUUAGAAUAUGUAAGGGUGGUGAUAUUUUUGAUAAAGUAUUGGAACUGGGUAAUUUUGAUGAAUAAGGAGCAUUAAUAAUAUUCAUAUAAAUUAUUAGAUCAGUUGUCUAUUAUCAAUCAUUGAAUAUUGUUCAUAGAGAUUUAAAACCAGAAAAUUUUCUAUUUCAAAAGAAUAAUGAUCUUAAUACCCUCUAUAUAAUAGAUUUUGGUUUAGCGAGAAUAUUCUAACCUGGUAUAUUGCAAUAAUGGACGAAGGCAGGAACUGUAUAAAUAACUUAGAUAUAUUUUUCAAGGCAUAUUACGUUGCUCCAGAGGUUUUAGAUGGCAUAUAUGAUAAUAAAUGUGAUUUAUGGUCAAUUGGUGUGAUAUUAUACGUUUUGUUAUGUGGAUAUCCUCCAUUUUAUGGAGAAACAGAAUAAGAGAUAUUAUAUUCAAUUUAAAAGGGGAAGUUUGAUUUUGAUGGACCUGAAUGGAAGAAUGUAUCAUUGUAAGCAAAAGAAAUAAUAACUUAAUUGUUAACACCUUAUUAAUAAAGAUUAAGUUUAGAACAAAUUUUAAAACAUGAUUGGGUUUAGAAAUAUGUUUAAAAGGGUGAAGUUAUACUAACAAAAGCAAAUAUUGAAAGAUGGCAAACAUAUCAUUAAAUUAAAUAAGUUGGUUUACUCUAUUUAGCAACAUAAUUAGAACAAUGUGAAAUAAUUAAUAUCAAAAAUGGAUUUUUAUUUAUGAAUAAAUCUUAAUCUGGAAUUCUGACAAAAUAAGAAAUUGAAUAAUAGAUAAAGUAUAAAUAUUAAGACUUAGAAUAUUAUUGUAAGAUUUUAAUUAUAUAAUUUAUUAGAAUUCAUUGCUAUCUGUUUAGAAUCAGAUGUAUAUAAAAUAGAUAAAUAUUUAAAAUUAAUGUUUACAUUUCUAUCAUAAAAUGGUCGAAUAACAAAAGAGACUUUAAAAGCAGUUGAAAUUAAUCUUGAUUGUAACAUAGAUUAUCAGCAGUUCAUAUAUUUAUUUUGA